AUGCGUCUUUUUACUAUUGGUCUAACUCUUCAAAGCGUCAGCCUUCCUAUUGCAGUGCUAGCUAGCUUCAAAACGCCACAUGUAGCCGAGGAGAAUAAAAUGUUUGAUUGUGAUUAUAAGACCUUCGAUCCCACUACUUUAAUGGAUCAGAUAAGUGUUAUCAACUAUUACGGGGGUAUAAAUAGACUUCAACAAAUCCAAAGUCAAGAACUUGAUGCGCUGUAUAUGGGCCAGUGGGGAAAUGCUAAAGCGAUGUAUCAUGAUGGAUCGACUGUCACGCAUUAUCUUUAUGAAAUGCAUGGUAACCAGGACUGUAAGCAUAUCAACAAAUAUAAGUACACCCUAGUUGUUGACAAUAAGGACCGAGCGUGUGCUGUUCUGGAAAGGAUAAUACCCCUCAACUCAGAUAUAGGAGAUUUCGAAGAUGGGUACACAGGAAGCUCAAUAGCGGAAAGUAAGCUUUGCGCAAUUAGGUAG